CCGCAGCCUCGUGGGCAGCGGUCCUACACCUGCAGGUCUCGUCCAUUUCGGCUAAGGGCUCUGCCUAACCUACACCCUGCUCUUCCCUGAGGAGUGAACUCUGGAAGUAGGAAUGGCCCCAGUGCUUCUGACAGCCAGGACCCCCCAGGGGCCGGUGACCUUCCAGGAUGUGGUGGUGGUCUUCACCCAGGAGGAGUGGCAUUACCUAGACCCUUCUCAGAAGGAGCUGUACCAAGAUGUGAUGAUGGAGAACUACAGAAACCUGCUCUACCUAGGACUUGUUUCCAAACCAGAUGUGAUUUACCAGUUUGAACAAGGAGAAGUCCCUUGGAGGCCAGAUGGGAGAGUCCCAGGCAGCAUCUGUCCAGGUGGAGAGACUGGGCCUGAAUUCAAAGAGUCAGCUCCAAAGCUGAGCAUUUCUGGGGAGCAUUCAUCCCCAAACAGACCCACAAGGUCUGGUCUUUGUGUCUUUAGCCUGAAAGAACCCUGGGGAUUUGAUGUCAAGUUAGGGGAACAGGAGAGCAUUGAGGAGGAAGUAGAAAUCCUCCAAAAGAAAACAUUCAAAAAAGUCAUAAUCAGUGAAUGUAAUAAAUACAGCCAAAGCUUCAGUAUAGAACCAAAACUUUCUCCACAAGAAUUAUCUAUCAAAAAGAAUCUUUACAGAUGUAAUGUCCCCAGAAAGAGCUUCAUUCUGUCUUCACACUCAGAGGAGACGUUUUCUCAGUAUAAUGAAUGUGGGAAAUCCUUUGACUCUAAAUUGGAUUUUAUUGAAUAUCAUAAACUUUUUCCUGGAGAGAAACCUAAUGAUUAUAAUGAUUAUAAUGAAUAUGGAAAAGCCAUCAGUCUCAGUCCAUUUACUCAUUCCUCUCAGUCAACUGAUAUUAAAGAGAAAAUCCCCAAAUGUAAUACAUUUGGGGAGACUUCCCCUCAAACUAUAAAACUUAAUGAAGAGAGAAUUCACACUGAAGAAAAACCUUAUGAAUGUAAUGACUGUGGGAAAGUCUUCCGCCUGAGGGACCCCCUUCUUCAACAUCAGAGAAUUCAUACUGGAGAGAAGCCUCAUAAGUGUAAUGACUGUGGGAAGGCCUUCAGCCAAAAAGGACAUCUUACUCUACAUCAGAGAAUUCACACUGGAGAGAAACCUUAUGAAUGUAAAGAAUGUGGAAAGGCCUUCCGUCUGAGAGAUCCACUUAUUCAGCAUCAAAGAAUUCAUACUGGAGAAAAGCCUCAUAAAUGUAAUGAAUGUGGAAAGGCUUUCUCUGUGAGGACGGAUCUUACCAGACACCAGAGAAUUCACACUGGAGAAAAGCCUUAUGAAUGUAAUGAAUGUGGAAAGGCAUUCCGUGUGAGGGCAGAGCUUACUCGACAUCAGAGAGUUCAUACUGGAGAGAAACCUUAUAAAUGUAAUCAAUGUGGGAAGGCCUUCCGCCUGAGCAAAGAUCGUACCCGCCAUCAGAGAAUUCAUACUGGAGAGAAACCUUAUGAAUGUCAUGACUGUGGGAAGGCUUUCUGCCGGAGAGAACCUCUCAUUCAACAUCAGAGAAUUCAUACUGGAGAGAAACCUCAUAAAUGUAGUGAAUGUGGGAAAGCCUUUGGCCUCAGAAGACAGCUUAUGGAACACCAGAGAAUUCACAGUGGAGAAAAGCCUCAUAAAUGUAAUGAAUGUGGGAAGGCCUUCUUUGUAAGGACAGAUCUUACCAGACAUCAGAGAAUUCAUACUGGGGAAAAACCUUAUGAAUGUAAUGAAUGUCAGAAGGCUUUCCAUGUGAAAACAGAGCUUACUAGACACCAGAGACUUCAUACUGGAGAAAAACCAUAUGAAUGUAAUCAGUGUGGAAAGACCUUCCGCCUGAGCAAAGAGUGUAGCCGACAUCAGAGAAUUCAUACUGGCAACAAACCUUACAAAUGUAAUCAGUGUGGGAAGGCCUUCUGUGUGAAGACAGAGCUUACCCUCCAUCAGAGAAUUCAUACUGGAGAGAAACCUUAUAAAUGUAAUCAGUGUGGAAAGACCUUCCGCCUAAGCACACAGCUUACCCAACAUCAGAGAAUUCAUACUGGAGAGAAACCUUAUAAAUGUAAUCGAUGUGGGAAGACAUUCCGCCUGAGUACACAGCUUACUCAACAUCAGAGAAUUCACAUUGGAGAGGAACUUUAUGAAUAACUAAUUGGAAAGGACAGUGAUGCAAAAGUAAAUAUUUUACCUAACAAGUGUAUUCAUGCCUGAUAGAAAUAUCAUCUUUAAUGAGUACAGGAAGGCUUUCCUAAGGCUAAUAUAAGCUCAUAGUUCUAGUACAGAAAGAGACCCUGCACGACAUCAAAUCCAAUCUCCUCAUUUUAUAAUUGAAGAAACUGGUAUCCUGGGAGAUAAAUAACAUGUCCAAAGUCACACAAAUGAGAGAAUAUGAAUUCAGGUCUCAUCACCCAACUUCAGCAUUCUUCUAUUGCAUUCAUCCUAAACAUGAUGGAGAGCAUUUCAGUGGCAUGAAGGUGAAAAGGCUUUUUCCCAAAGUAUAGAGUUUUCUUGACACCAGAGUAUUCACACCAGAAAGGGCUGCUACAUUAAAUUAUUUGGUAAGGCCUUCUGCUUCAAUGCAUAUCUGACCCACAAUCAGAAUUUUCCUGGAGACAAAUUUUGUAUAUAUAAGUAAUAUGGGAGGGCAUUCCUGAGAGAAUAAUUUACUCAGCUCUAGAGAAUUUAUGAGUGAGAAAACUUAUGAAUAUAUGAAUGUGGGACAGUAUUCCCUAUGAGCCCAGAGCUUUCUUAAUAUCACAGAUUUCAUACUGGAGAAAUUUUAUUAUAAAGAACAUAGAAAGGUCUCUUAAUGGAAUAGAAAGUGUGACAUAAGAGCAUUUCCAUUGAAGAGAUCAUGAUUGGAAUGCAUGUGGAAAGGCUUUGUCAGUGCAAGCUUAUGCCACAUCAAAGAACCUACACUGGAGAAGAAGCUUAUGGAUGAAAUAAACCAUAGGCCUUCUCCUGGGUAAAUGUUAUACUCAAUCAGUAGUUUACAUGGGAGAGGGAAACAUGAUAAACCCCUUCAAUCAGAAGUUACACCUUUACUCAAAAGAUGCAAUUUGCUUUAAAAACAAAGGACUUUUGCAAUCAUGUGGGUUAAGAAAAACUUUUUUUCUGCCCUAUAAAAACAUCCAUGAGUUUUCAAAACCCCUCCAGCUAUUUCACAUCAGCUUACACACUUAUGCAAUUCUAGGGUGUUUAUGUAUGUAAUUAUCUUUUUGGGGGGGGGGCAGUGGGGGUUAAGUGACUUGCCCAGGGUCACACAGCUAGUAAGUGUCAAGUGUCUGAGGCCGGAUUUGAACUCAGGUACUCCUGAAUCCAGGGCUGGUGCUUUAUCCACUGCGCCACCUAGCUGCCCCUUAUGUGUGUAAUUAUCUUAUUGAGGUUUUACAGAAAAAAAAACAUUGUUGUGUCCCAAUAAGUGGAUGAAUAAAAAGCAUUUAUUACAUUUUUAUGUGAAAAGUACUGUGGAUACCAAUCAAAAAGCAUGCAGGGUUAGGAUUAGAAGACUAGCCUCAAACCUCUUACAUUCUAAUAGGAGGAGACAACACAGAGAGUAGUUAUAUCCUGGGACAGGAGUUUUGGUCUGAAGAGUAGAGCCAUAGGGCAAUUGAUUGCACAGAUCUUUUCCUAAAAUAGCAUUGAUUUAAUUACCACAUAGCUAGAUCUAUCUUGGACGAACAUUGAAAAUGCACAAGUGGCGGGGCAGCUAGGUGCCGCAGUGGAUAGAGCACCAGCCCUGGAGUCAGGAGUACCUGAGUUCAAAUCUGGCCUCAGACACUAAACACUUACUAGCUGUAUGAACCUGGCCAAGUCACUUAACUGCAAUUGCCUCACUUAAAAAAAAAAAAAAAGAAAGAAAAUGCACAAAUGGAUAAUUAAUUGGGGCCAAAAUAAAUGUGGCCUGUCAUAUGGGGCAUCAUUACACACCUGUCAAAUAUAAAAUAUUCAAAAAAAGAAAUUUUGUGGUACCCCAAAACAGUACAUGAUGGAUAGAUCAUUGCAUUGAUUAAGUUAAGUAAACUAUUGUAUAUUAAUGUAAUUGAAUAUUUUUGUCCCAUGAAAAGGAACAAAAGAAUGACUGAUACUGACCACAGUAAUGUAAAGGAAAACAACCCUAAAAGGCUUCAGAAUUCUUCCUGGCUUCAAAGAACUAACAGUGAAGUAUGCCUUCUGCAUUUAGUUAGUCAGGUGAUGGACCAUAGUUGCAGAAUAUGAUGUGCCUUUUCAGAUAUGGCCAGUAUGUUAAUUUACUUUGCCUAACUGUACUUUGUAAUGAAGGAGGCUUCUAUUGGUAGAGGAAGGUAAUUAAUCAUAUUCACUCUCCAGGAAUAGGCAGUAUAGGCAUUUUAGGCUGUCCAACUCCAUAGUCACUGUGCAUAUGUGGAAUUUUUCCAUGUAGAUGGCUAGGGCGUACUCUUCUGAGAGAUUACAGCUGUUGUCCAAGAGGUCCUGCAUUAAAUGUUCUGGGACGUGAUUUUAAAACCAGUGUCAUCUACGAAUAGAAGCAUGCAGAAUACCUCCUCAUAUCCCUCUUCCUCUUGGCCUCUUCUGGACUAUUAGUGAACGUUUGUUGCUAUUUAUGCCUUUGCUGUUAAUAAUAAGAGUUUAUUGAACACAUAAAAUAAGAAAGAAAAAUCUAAAGGCAGAAGAAAAGCAGGGUCUAUAAGGGCAGUAGUGCUCCAGACCUUUGUCAGUCAAGUUCUGGUCCAGCCCUGACUCUCCCAUUUUGUACUGGGGAAGCAGGGUUUUUGUUGGUAUAUAUGUGUGUGUGUGUGUAUGUGUUUGUUAUAGAAGCCUGAGACUUCACAUUGGUCCCUAUUGGGUGUCAUCUCAUUGACUUUGGUGCCAUGUUCAAUCCUCUCAAGGUCUUUCUGAAUCCUAACUUUGUCAUUCAGUGUGUAAGCUAUUUGCUUCCCAAAACCAUCAUCUCACUUCUGGAUCAUCUGCAAAAUUUGAUAAAGAUGCUUGUGAGGGACACUGUGCUGUUGAUCUCCUUUGGACUUGACUUUAACCAGCAUUCUGAAUCUUUAGGGAAGCUGUGUGGUAAAGUGGUUAAAGUGUUAGCCCUAGAGUCAGGAGGACCUGAGUGCAAAUCUGACCUCAGUUACUAGCUGUGUGACCCUGGGCAAAUUUCUUCAUCCUAUAUGCUUCAGUUUUCUCAUCUGUAAAAUGAGCUGGAGAAGGAAAUGACAAACUUCCAAUCUUUCCCAUGAAAACCCCAAAUGGGGUCACAAAGAAUCUGACACAACUAAUUGACUAAACAACAAAAGAUGAGUCUUUGGAUCUAGUCAUUCAGCCAGUUACUGAUCUAUCUAAUUACUGUAUAAUCUAACUAGGGCCCCUUAGAAUUAAAAAUUGUUGAGGAGCCCUCCCCAAAUAUCUUUUGUUUAUAUAUGCUAUAUUAGAAAUGGAAACAUCUUAGUAUUUUUAUGAAAAUGGUUUUGACCUUGAAGACAUACUGGAAGGGGAUUAGAUUAGUCAGUAAACAUUUAUUAAGCAUCUAUUAUGUGUCAGGCACUGUGCUAAGUACUGGGGAUACAAAAAAAGGUAAAAGACAAUUCCUGGAGGGGCAGAGGAAAGACAAUGACUUUCCAGAGCUCCUCACUCGAUCCUUCCAAAUACCUCCAAAUAAUGCCAUAAGACAAUUCCUGUAGCAGCAGAACCCACAAAAGGACAGGGUAAGAUCAUUUUCCAGCCAGAGUUGACUAAGAAGGUUGGCAGGAAAGGUCUGUUAUGCCAGUAGAGUGCAGACCGGGGCUGUGCCAGCACAGAUCCAGCCCCAGGUAGACCACCACAGAGAAACAGGCUUCUGGAACCUUGGGAUCAGUUGUGACAGUGGCCACUUCUGGAACUCAGCUCACAAACUGGUGAGGGGGUUGAGUGCUUGGCUGGGGGGAGAUAGCAGGCCUCUUUGCUGGCACUGAGGCAGAACUCCGUUGUAUUGUCCAUGUUUGGCACCAGGAAGCAGUCUUGAGUGGUGGUCCAGGUUGGGGAGGGACACAGGCACACUCGAGCUUACAACCACAGUGAAACAUAAAUCUGUUCCUGGGUUAAAGA